AACCUAUUCCUCUUAUAUCUCACGUGCUUUUUCUCUCCAUCUGCCACCUGUCCCCUCCCCCUCCUCUAUAAAUACCCUCCCCUCCCUUUGUCUCCACGUUUGAACCCUCCCCAAUUCCUCCCCCUCCAUCAAAUAACGACUACUCCCACCCCAAUCAAAUUUUUCUGAGAACCGAAAAGAAGAUAUGACAACCCACUUGACUCACCUUCCCCCCGGUUUCCGCUUUCAUCCAACCGACGAGGAGCUUGUUAUGCACUAUCUCUGCCGUAGAUGCGCAUCCCAGCCGAUUGCCGUUCCCAUCAUUGCUGAGAUCGAUCUCUAUAAAUUCGAUCCAUGGGACCUUCCUGAAUUGGCCUUACACGGAGAGAAAGAGUGGUAUUUCUUCUCUCCAAGGGAGCGGAAAUAUCCAAACGGUUCACGACCCAACCGGGCAGCCGGUUCGGGUUAUUGGAAGGCAACCGGAGCGGACAAGCCUAUUGGGCAUCCCAAACCCGUUGGCAUCAAGAAGGCCUUGGUUUUCUACGCCGGAAAAGCUCCAAGAGGAGAGAAAACCAAUUGGAUUAUGCAUGAGUACCGGCUCGCCGAUGUGGACCGCUCGGCUCGCAACAAGAACAAUCUUAAGCUUGACGAUUGGGUUCUGUGCCGGAUUUACAACAAGAAAGGUGUAAUCGAGAAGCGAUGUCAGAUGGCAAUCAGUCGAAACACGAAGGGUUUGGAAGACGUAGAAGAGGAGAAGCCGAAGAUUUUCAACAGUGGAGGCGGCGGCGCCGAUGUGUUAAUGGCGUCAGUCACGGCGUCGGUAGGUGAUUACGUACAUUUCGAAACAUCGGAUUCAAUACCGCGAUUACAUACAGAUUCAAGCGGUUCGGAGCAGGUGGUGUCGCCGGAGUUGACGACGGGGGAAGUUGAAAGCGAGAGAAAAUGGAAGGAAAUGGAAAACGCGUUUAAUUCCGGAUAUAAUUACAUAGAUGAGUCAUCGCUAGAGCAUGAAUUCGCGACGCAAUUUCAUAGCGGUAAUCAGAUGUCGCCGCUGCAGGAUAUGUUCAUGUACCUGCAGAAGCCCUUCUGAAAUUUGAACUAACCGCCCUCAGAUUCAGAUCCAAUGAUUUUCAUUUCGUUUUCUUCAUCGUCGAUCCAUCACACAAGUCCUUCCAACCUUCAAAUUUCUAACAGCCGUUGAUGGUGUCUCAUCACUCAAUCCCACGGUCGCACGAGACUGGAGUCUGUGAGUGCGCCGCCACGUGUAUAGAGUUUAAAAAAAAAAAAAAAAAGAAGAAGUAAUAGUCAUACUUAGGGGAUGCAGAGACAAAGACGAGGAGAGGAGAGUAUAGUUAGUUAGUUUAUUGUAGGAGGAGGGGGGGGGGGGGAUGAUAAUGUUGAUUGUUGGGGUUUGCUUUUGGAUUAGAUCGGACGGACCAGAUUUUUAAUUAGAGAUUGGUUUGUGAUUAUUGAUUGGCGGUGUGUAGUAUAACACCACCAUAUAGAUAGAUUAUAAAUCAUAAAUUAAUUACUAUUUUGGAAGAUUUAAUUAGGGGGGGGGGGGGAAGCCUUCCAAGCUUUUAUUUAUUUUGUAGCUUCAACUAAAUCUUAGCUUUGUUUAUAUAUUGAAAUUUUAUUUUAAUUA